AAGUGGUAGUGUGUACAAGAAGGGCUUUUAGCCAUUAGAAACAGAAACCGUAGAAAAAUAUAAACAUUGUAAUAAAGCAGUAACCAGUACUGGCUACAGCUAAAGUUUGUUGUUUAUGUGGGAUGUUUGUUGUAAUGUGUAUACUGUAAUGUUAAGCAGAAAUGAAUAGCAUCUGCGGCUAAAGCUACUUCGGAUGUUUGCGCGUUUACAGCUAUUGUGCUUUUCUAAAACAGUCUAAAUACUCGAAGCUUUAAGUGGUAAUGUGUACAUAAAGGGGUUUUAGCCAUCAGAAACAGAAACCGUAGAAAAAAUUAAACAUUGUAAUAAAACAUUAUCACUGACUAAGUUACAGCUAAAGUUUGUUUUGUAUGUGGGAUGUUUGUUGUAAUUUUUUUCACUGUACUUGCACGUGGUCUGCAGUUGUUUACAAUAAGAUCGGUAUGUUUUAAUCAAAUAAAGGUCAUUUUAAAACAUGUAUGUUUUCUUACAAAGGCCACGACGUCGACAAAGAGCAACAAGGUGGAUGUUGCUUGCCAGACAGAACCUUUUCACACAUCUUUACACAGUGUUGGUACCCAGUUGUCUUUUAGGACGCUUCAGGCUAAACGCAGGAGUACAAGUGUCCAGACAACAGUAUCCAGUUUUGAACUGACUGUACCAUCAGCGUCCUCUACUGCGUUUAUGACUUCGACACCCCUCAAACCUUCACUAAAAAGACCUCGUCUGGAGCUGGAGGAGGAGGAAGAAGAAGAAGCCGAAGAGACUUUGACAGAGUCAAAAAUUAUAGCCCAAGACUCGGAUGUGACAUUUGACCCUGCAGAGGAAUGCACAUCUGCAACUGAACCAACAGACUUGUCAAUCCAAGAAUUCCCAGUUCAUAACAUUGCCAAGUUCAUUGUUCAAGUUCAUGGAGCUCUUCAGUGACUGCCCAGUGUGUCAGAGGAGAUGUGAUGUAAAGUCACAACGGCUUGGGACAUUUCUGAGCGUACAGCAAGUCUGCCCACACUGCGAGUUUGUAAGAAAAUGGAACAGUCAGCCAAUUAUUGGUAGUCCUCCAGCUGGCAACCUGCAUCUUUCUGCUGCAGUCUACUUGAGCGGUGCAUCAUUUUUUGUAGUUGAAAAGGUAAUUAUCUAUCAAAAUUUAUCACAUUUCUUUUAGAAACAUAAUAUAAAUUUUGUCACAGGGUGCAUGCACAUUGUACUAAAAAUUCUCCUCUCUGUUGUCAGUUAUUUGCUGCCAUGAAACUACACAUUUUUAAAUAUAAUUCAUUUCGCCGUCAUGCAAGACUUUGCAUUGAACCUGCUAUUGUCCACAAGUGGAAAAAUUGGCAGAGUGAAAUGCUAGAACAGCUCAGUCGAAGAGAGAAUGUGAUUGUUGGAGGAGAUAUGAGGGCUGACUCCCCAGGUCACUCGGCCAAGUAUGGGAGUUAUACAAUGAUGGACCUUGCAACUAACACAGUGGUCGACCUACAGUUAGUCCAGAGUAAUGAGGUGGGUGGCAGUUACCAUAUGGAAAAAGAAGGCCUAAAGAGAAGCCUUGACCUGUUGGAUGCCCGCGGUGUUCGUCUGGAAUGCAUCAUCACAGACAGACAUCCUCAAAUACAGAAAUAUCUCAGGGAUCGAAAUGUCACUCAGUUUUACGAUGUGUGGCAUAUCGAGAAAGGAAUUUCCAAAAAACUGGACAAGAUAUGCCAGAUAAAGGGGUGUGAGAAGUUGCGUAAAUGGUUACGUAGCAUUAAAAACCACAUCUACUGGACUGCUGCAUCAUCCACAACAGGUCCUGAAAGAGUGGCAAAGUGGACCUCUAUCUUAAAGCAUGUACAAGACAAACAUGUACAUGAAGACCCCAAUUUUCCGGCUUGUCUGCAUCCGCAACGGAUAAGCAGAGACAAGAACAAAUGGCUGUCGGCUGCAACGAUGCCAUUCUACAAGCUGGAGAAAGUUCUCGCUAACAAGAGAAUAUUGAAGGAUGUGGCCAAGCUAAGUCCUCACCACCAGACGUCAACUGUUGAAGCUUUCCACAGCGUCAUACUGAGGUUUGCACCCAAAAAUGUGGUAUUCCCAUUUCUGGGGAUGCUUUGCAGGUAA